AUGGAGCCAGCUGAUAGAGUGGCUGCUGGGUUCUUCUUGUGGGCCUUGUAUGCGCGGGCACGAUACUCGGAUGCUCAGGCGGCCGGUGCAUUGUUUUGUGACUUGAGUACCACCGAAGAUGGGGUAGUGGGGUACUUGGAAGCUCCUGUGGAGAGAAGCAAGACCUCCUUUUCUUUGGAGAGAAAGGUCAGAUAUUUGCACAUGUUCGCACCCAUCGAAGGGGUCGGAGAGAUGGCUUGGGGUGUCCCUUGGUUCGAGUUCUACAAAGUGCAUGGGCCCCCGCUGGGGCCAGGCAAGCCUUUGUUGCCAUGCCCUCUUACCGGGGGUGGUUGGCAGUCUGCACCUCUUAGCGUGGCCAGCGCGACUAAAUGGUUGAAGGCCCUUCUCAUCAUUGCAGGGUGCGAUCGCAGCAGCGUGGAUCUCUUAGGUACGCACAGCUUGAAGGUUACGCCUCUUUCUUGGUGUGCGAAGUUUGGACUUUGCCGAGAAAUAAGGGCCACGCUUGGAUAUCAUGCAAAGGGUCGUGACGGCACAGAGUUGGUGUAUGGCCGUGAUAACAUGGCAAAACCGGUGAGGGAAUUUCAAGAGGUGCUACUGCAAAUUGCUCUUGAUAAGUUUCGCCCCGAUGCCACCAGAUCGGGUUUCUUCGUGAAAAGUGCCCGUGAGCCGGAAGGUGAGCCUCUGCCCCCGGACGAGGUUUUGUCCGACUCGUCAUCCGAGGCCAGUGAUGAUGCGGAGGAUGUGGAUCACGAGGCGGCCGAGGGAGCUGCCGAUGAGCUUGGUCAUCAGUGGGAGCCCGAUCUGGGGCUGAGGGAGGAGCUGGCUGCUGUGCCCCUUUUCAGGAAUCGUGAUAGUCGUUUCAUUCAUGCUGCCGCUUCAGAAGAAGGCGACAAGUUCAAGUGCGGGAGGAGCAUCUCCACUCGCUACACCAGGAGGGAUGAAAGAAGUGUCACACGUUCCGUGAUGUUUGUGGGUCGGGUCGUUUGCGUGAUGGCCAAUUAUUCAGAGAGUCUUUCCGUGCUGAAUGCUCGGUUGAGUGCUGUGGGCUUUUCUGCAGAAGACAUCCAAAAGAUUUCGCCGGAGGUGGGCAACCUCAGGCGGCUGGCCUUCAUUUCAUCGUUCACUCCAGGGCAGACUGAUGAGGAGCCACUCAUGAAGGUCCUCAAGGACAUUCUUAAAAGGGAUCUUGCGAUUGCAGACAAGGCCAACUGGAGAGCCAUUUUUAACGAAGCAUUCGCCAUCGUCACUGCAGAGAUGAAACAGAGGGUCGAGAAGGCUGAUCCUGAGUCCACCGUUCGCCCCUUGUCACAACCGGAGCGAUCGGAGAGAUACGAGAGGCAGGCCAAGAAGCUUACUGGUAUUUCUUUGAAAGGCCCUUUGGAGCCAGCGGACGCCUUGGUAGACUUGGCAGUGGCCUCUUAUGAGGCAAACGAGUUGCGUUACAUUCCUUGGGAGAGGUGUGUUUCAAAGGAGGCCGAGUUGGCCGGGGAAAGGAAGCGCGAUGUUAGGUUCACCGUGGAGGAGUCUUCGGGAAAGGCAUUGUUUGGGAAGUGA